CAUGGGGUUAAGCCCCAGGCUCUAACUCCCGAGGAAUUCUGUCGGAACCCCCCUCCCGUGCACAGGGGGAAACAUUUCGAGAUUGCUGUUAACCAAACUGAGUAUUUUUACAACAAGGGAGUGGAAGUAAUGGUAAGACCACGCCGUGGCGGAAUGUUCUCCCAUAUCUCCGACAUGUUUCUGCACGUGCCAGGCACAGACAGUCAACCGGGCACCUACGGCACUAACUCAGUUGGCAGGUGGUACGCCAUGCCUCCUGCCGCGCCUGCGUACUGCAACUGGUGGGUAGCUUCCGGUGUGAAGAGCAAGAAUGGUCGAGAUUUCCAACCCAAUAUUACCGUGACUUGGAUAGCACCUCAGCCGACGUACUACGUUUAUAACAAUCAAUACUACGCCAGCCCUAUGGAUAAAGAGAGGAAACGGCCGUACAUAUACUUUGUUGUUUACGUCACGCCCGAUCCCCCUGUUGAAACCCACGCCCCGGGAGCAGCCCAUCAGAGACGGUGGUUCUACGCUGCAUCAGUCCAAGUAGACAACAAUGAGAUUAAACAACAAAAAAGAGCGGCUGCCGUAUUUACGCAGACCCUUCGACAAUGGGACAGUUUCUUAGAGUCUCUCAACUAAGGCAUGUGUUUCCUCCAAGAUGAAACGGUUCGGUGUAGUACAACAGAGUUCAACGAUAUCUGCUAUUGUUAGCCAACGGCCUGAAUUCAAGAGACAUUUCCGAUUAGUGUUUCCCACAAUCCUCCGCACUGCUUCCGGUAAUCAUGACAUCAUCAUCUCGCCAAAGGUGGUGAAGUUGACAAACAGAAUGGGACUUUGAUCUGUUUGAAAGAGACUUCACUUCGUUGUUCCAUGUUAUCAGGGACGUUUAUUUGAAAUAACCUCGUCUAUCAAUGCACAGCAGGUAGUAAACAUAGUGUUGAAUGAGCAUGAACAAUCUUCUUCUACCAAGUGUAGUUCUGGAACAUACGGUCAAAACAAUCCAGUAUUUUGUCCUGAAAGUACACACACACAAAAGACACGUUUUGUCAAAGGUUGAUUACCAUUUGUCAGUUAAUCGUUAAAUUAUUAUAUAUUUGUCUGUGUCUAUAAAACAUGCAAACUGAUGAACACUUUAA